AGAGGCUUUUAGUUCUCCCAAAAUGUCCACAGGUACUCAAGCUGCAACACAUGUGAGAUAUAGCAAAGGAGUCCGAGUGGAUGGUGGAGAGAAAAGCCAAGUGGAGAUUCAAGAACAUGAAGACUGCUCCAUCAGUCCUGGGUUACAGGAAACUGGUCAACACACUCAAAUGAACCAUUCAUCUGCCAAAAGGAGCCAUUUCAGAGUCAUUGCAGCAACUCUGGGAGCUUUUUUUGUCUUGAUGUUGACUGUAAUUGUCAGUCGCGGUAUCACAGCAACCUUGCAGUCAGAGCAGACCAGUACUUUACAUAGCCAUCUUACAACGGAAACUACACACGAGAAAGUUAAUGCCCAGCCACCGACAGACAACCCAAGUACAACUUCCAUUCCAUUUUCACAGGAUGUAAACAACAGAGCAACACAAAAAACAAAUGAGAAAGUCAAUUUUAAUUCACCUGAGAAGAUGAUGACGACACAAAGUGCAACUCAGAAAGCAAAGAUGAAGACAACACAAAGUACAACAGAGAAAGCAAAGAUGAAGACAACACAAAGUACGACAAAGAAAGUCAAUUUUAAUUCACCUGAGAAGAUGAUGACGACACAAAGUGCAACUCAGAAAGCAAAGAUGAAGACAACACAAAGUAUAACAGAGAAAGCAAAGAAGAUGACAACACAAAGUACAACACAGAAAGCAAUUGUAAAAAUGAUGACAACACAAAGUACGACAAAGAAAGUCAAUGUCAAUUCACCUGAGAAGAUGAUGACGACACAAAGUGCAACUCAGAAAGGAUAUAGCUGUCCUGUAGGAUGGCUGAGGGCAGGAUCCAACUGUUACUAUCAAUUAAAUGAGAGGAGAAGUUCGCAGGAGAAUGAAUCAGACUGCCAGAGGAAAGGAGGAAGUCUAAUUGUCGUAAAUAGUAGAGAAAAACAGAGAAUACUUAAUGGUGAAACAACUAAGGAAGUUCAGCAGUGUGGGAUAAAAUGAAAAAAAUGCAACAUGUCUUUAUCCUGUCUUCUUCCCCUCACCCCAACCAGUCACAGCAGAUCGCCGCCCUACCCUCAGCCUGGUUCUGCUGGAGGUUUCUUCCUGCUGAAAGGGAGUUUUUCCUUCCCAGUCUCAAGAAAUUGCUUGCUUACAGUGGCUCAUUUCAUUGUUGGGGUUUUCUGUGUUUUCUUUGUAUUAUUGUGGGGUCUUUAUCUUACAAUAUAAAGUGCCUUGAGGCAACUGUUGUUGGGAUUUGAUGCUCUAUAAA